AUGGAAUCAUCAUCAAAUGAUAUAUCUCGUUGUAUAGAUCACAAUGAAUAAGUAGUCUUUAUUGCAAGAUCUAAAUAAGAUUAAUAGAUAAUAGAACUUUGUCAUAAAUGUGUUGUUGAUAAAAAGAAAGAUUUGGUGUUAAUUGAUGAUGCCAAAAAAUAUAUUAAAGAAACAAAAUCUGGAAUAAUGGAAGAAAAAGAGUCACUUAAUAAAUAGAAUAUAGGAAUAUUAAAUGAUAUAAAAGAAAACCUGGGAAAUCUCGCAUUGAACUUCAAUAUGUUAAUUGAUAAAAUUAAGGAAAAUAUAGAGUCUGGAAUUAAGAUUAUAGAAGCAUCUUCAAUCAAAUUCUAGAAAGUGUUAAGUGAUAUUUCAUUUGAUCAAAUAAAGAAUGUCAAAAUAGAUAGAAAUUUGAUAAUAGGUUAAUAAAUUAAUUAUAAGGAAUUAUAAUAAUCACUUUUAAGUUAAAUAGGUAAUCUAUUUAAUAAUUAAUUGUUGUAAAAGUGUUAAGAAUUAAUAUAAAAUUUAAAUUCUGGUGAAUAGAGUGAAACAUUAAAUUAACUAUUUAAUAUAGGAUCUUUUAUUGAUUAAUAGACAUAGAUGAAAACAGAUUGGAUAUGUGAUAAACAUGAACAAGAAAUAGUUUUUGUUGAUUUAUCUUAAUAAAAAAGUAUUUAAAAUAGAUUAGCAUGUCUUGAAUGUGUUCCUGAAUAUGUUAUAUAAUACACCAAUUUAGGAUAAUUACAAAAAUAGUGGUAGAAGUAUACUGAAUAGGCUUUGACAUUCUUUAAUGUUUAUUAAAACAAUACUUCAAAUAAAUAAGAAUAAGUAAAACUUUAAUUGAAAGAGUUCUAAGAAGUAAUUUUAAAGCUAUUUGAAUCAUUAAUUGAAUCAAUUUAAAACAAAUCUUCAUUAGAAAAUGAUGAUUUAGAAUAUCAUCAUAAGUUACUUUAAAAAACAUGGCAAACAUUAAGUAAAGAAGAUCUAAUUAUUAUUGUUGAUCUUUUAAGUUCAUAAAAUAGAUUAGCUCUAGUAAAUCAUAUGAUAGAAUAAGAAUUUUAAUCCAAAGAUCAAGCUAUUGAUUCAAUCAUUUGUUCUCAAAUGCAUCAACUCUAAAAUUUAAUAAACUCUACUUUUUCAUAAAAUAUAACAUUCACUGGAAAUUAAAAGCCUAAUAAAAAUAAGAUUGAUGUUGAAUCAUCAACUUAAUAAUCCUUCUCCUUAUAAUCUUAAAUUGUCACUAUUUAAUUAUAACUGAAUUAGUAAAUUAUUAAACCUUAAAUUUUCAAGCCAUUUACUUAUGAACUAGUCUCCUAAAUUUCAGAAAAGACUUUGUGUAGAGCAUUUGCAUUUAAUAAUGACUCAUCAAUUUUAAUUACUGGAUAAGAUUGUGGAUCAAUAAAGAUCUUUGGAUUUAAUGCAGGAUAAUUAAAUGAAAUUUAAUUACUUUAAGAGCAUUCAAGUUAUAUUUAAUGUUUAUAUUUCAUGUAAAAGUCUUCUUCUUUUUUAUCUGCUGGGGAUGAUAAGUAGAUAAUAAUUUGGAAGGUUAAUAAUUAGAAAUAAUGGUAGAGUUAUCAAAAAUUAGAAGGUCAUAGUGGUGCAAUCAAUUGUUUAAUAAUGAACAAUUAAGAAGAUUAUAUCAUAUCUGGUAGUAAUGAUAAAACUAUUAAGUUUUGGGCUUAAGAGAAUUAAUAAUGGAAAUGCAAUUAGACAUUAUCAGAUCAUACAGGUAAUGUUAGAUGUUUAUCAUUGAAUAUAUCAUAGAAUUAGUUGAUAUCAUGUGGAAAUGAUAAAUUAUUAUUAAUAAUCUCACAAGAUAAUAAUAAAAGGUGGAAUACAAUCUAAAAGAUUUCUGUUUAAAAAUAUGGAUAUAGUUUAUGUUUCAUAACUGAUUAUAUGUUUACAUUAUAACUUAAUAAAUUAAAUAUGAUGCAUAUUUAUGAAUUAAAUAAAACAAAUUAAUAAUUUAUUAAAAUGGAAUAAGAGGUAAGCAUUAAGUCAGAUGCUGAUUGUUCAGCAGUUUUCCCUUAAAAGUUCAUAAAAGAAAAAUAAAUUUUACUUAAUAAAAACGGAAAAAAUAUAAAUUUAAUUAGGCUUCAUGUUAACGGUUUAUUUAAAACAGAAUAAUCUAUUGAGAAUAGUAAUUGUUGUGGACUCUUUGGUACUAUAACAAAAGAUGGGAACUAUUUAGUCACAUAUGAGAGUUAGAGCAAUGAGAUAAAAGUAAGAAAAUAUAAAGAAAAUUGA